CCCCCUCAAUAUCCCCGCAGGCAACGCCCCGGACCUUCCUCCGCCCCUCCAAGCGAAGCGAAUAUCUGAAUAAGAUGGCUGCAACGAUCGCCUCUUCAUCCUUCGUCGGCGCCCGCGUGACCUCCAGGCCGAAGGUCGCGGUCCGCACCUCCACCCGCGGGGCCCUCACCGUCCUCGCGGGCAAGAUCGAGGAGUCCGCGCUCAUGGCCAAGUACCCCGACGGCGGUCCGGUGUUCGCGGUCUCCAUCGACUGCCACAUGGGCACCAACAGCACCGGGCUGGUGAUGAAGGAGGGCGACGAGGGUCGUCCCGUGGUGACCAUGGUCCGCCCGGGCGGCACCGCCAAGAACAAGGUCAAGGUUGGCGACGUCUGCCUCGCCACGUCCUUCACCGAGCUCGUCAACGAUCCCACCAACACGACCAUGAAGUGGGGUACACCGCAGACGGGCUGGUUCGACACCGAGGGUGAGUCCUACGCCGCGGCCAUCUGCGCCAUGGAGACCAACUCCACCUCCCUGGACAUGAUCAUGUUCAGGCCAGAGUAAGAUUAUUUGAGAGGAGAUCGCCGCACGCGAAACCCGGUGCGGUACGCCAUAAGUUGUAGCAAGAAGGCGCCUUGACGUUCUCCGAUCUAGCAGCUAGCCCCGACGAGGAUGAAAGUCACUUUCAAAAUAUAAAGGACAAGGACGAUUCUUA